AUGCCGCAAGAGAUCGUACACCUUUACCAAUCCGUUGAGGGACUUUCCAGUUGGAAAGCAAUUCUCCAAACAUUACCUUCGCCCAACGUUAGGUCGCUUGUUAGCGAAAUUGAAUGGGAAGAAUGGGAAGGCGUUUUUCACACGGUCUGCAUUAACAUCAUUUGCGGAUUCGCGGUAUCAUUGUCACCUUUGAUGAGUUCCAGGUAUAAUUUAUCAUGGCCAAUUCGGUAG